AUGAAUUUUGUAUUAGUUGAAGGAGAAAUAUUCUUAAAUGACGGAGAGGGAUUAAUUUCUAAUUUGGAUAAUAUCGACCACUGCAUGGUGAAAUUGGGUAAGUGUAUUACUAAGACUAGUAUUGGUUUAUGGAAUAGUACUGAUGUAGUAAAUAAUUGCCCAUAUCGAAGAGUUGGAAAAUUCGAAAAUUCGAAACUAUGA